AGCGUCGGUCAGAGAUUCAGCAAAACGAACACGUGAACUGUGCACCACUUUGGGAGACAACAGUACUGCAGAUUCACCUACAGCCAGUGAUGCUGGGCUUAUAGACCCAGAGCAAGAGGUCGUCUCUCCACUGGUUCCUCAGCCAACAUCUGUGCUUCACUGCGGCUCACAGUCUGUCCAGGUACAGCCCAGGAUGGUCAGUGUGGGGUGUCAGACAGAAUCUCCACUGCCCAGUCCUGCACACAGUGAUGAUGAGGCAUCUUCUGUAACCAUGGACCACCCUGGGGAUAUGCCAUGGAGCCCAGAGGAGGAAAUGAUGAGCGAGUCGUCUGACGAGGAACCAUCAAAAGAGCCCCUGCAGCGAACUAAUGUUGAUCUCAAUGCUGCUGACAAGUUCAUUGUGUGCCAAACCCAGCUGAUGUCCUUGUUCACCAUUUGCCCUUCCUCUUGUGGGGAAACCCAGGGUAAUGUGGAGCAGCAAGAGGGAACAUAUAUAAAGAUACAACAAGUAUGUGCAGCAUGUGGGUAUGAGCGUUUUUGGCAGAACCAGCCAAUGCUGUACAGAAACAUGCCAGCCUGCAACCUGUUACUGAGUGGGGCCAUCCACUUCUCAGGUUGCAUGGCUACCCAGACAAUACGGAUGUUGAAACUGUUAGGGCUUCAGUGCAUCAGUGUCGGCACCUUCUUCCGCCAUCAACGCCUGUACACAAUCCCUACUAUCGUGCAGGCCUGGCAAAAUGAGCAGGCUGGGAUCAUCCGAGAACUGAAGGAGAUGGGGGGUGGGCUAAUCCUCUCUGGUGACUGCAGGUCAGACUCUCCUGGCCAUUGUGCCAAAUAUGGCACCUACUCCUUGAUCGAGGACAGAAUAAACAAGGUUUUGGAUCUUCAACUUGUCCAGAGCUCAGAGGUCCCAAGCAGCACCUGGUGUGAACUAGAGGGUCUGAAACGCAGCAUUGACUUCCUUAAGGAGCAACACAUGCAAGUUUCAGCAAUUAUUACGGACCGAAAUCGCCAGGUUGCCAAGUGGGUGCGGGAGGAGUUGUGUCCAGGAGGAACGAGUCAUUUCUUUGAUAUCUGGCAUAUUGGUCUAGGGAAAGCUUUGGAUGCUGCUGCAAAGGAGAGGGAGUGUGAGGACCUGAAGCUGUGGAGGCCAGCCAUCAUCAAUCACCUGUACUGGACUGCAGCUUCAACUUCUGAUGGAGAUCCAGAUGUGAUGGAAGCCAAGUGGCAAAGUAUGGUGAAUCAUGUUCAGGACAUCCAUGAACACGGCACUCCUGCAUUUCCCUGCUGUGCACAUCCACCUCUGGAGGGAGAAGCAAGGGACAAGGAGUGUCUGGAACCAGGAACAACUUCAGCCAUUAAACUGGAGAGGGUGACUUUGAGAACAGCAUUGGUGAAGGAUGUCCGGAAGUUGUCUCCACAGCAUCAGACCUAUUCCCUGGAGGCAUUUCACUCCCUCAUCCUCCACUUUGCACCAAAGCACACUGGGUUCUCCUUCCUUGGGAUGUACAGCAGCAUACGCUGCAGCCCUGAUGGAGUCUCUGAGUGAGGGCUACUCCAGGUCACCAGAGACUCUACGAGAGAGCAGUGCAGUCUUGUCCUCCACUGCCCCUGCCCCCCUUUCCACUUCCUGCCAGGAGAUCGCCAAGGAUGAGGCAGUUGGC